GUUCAAAAAAUGUGGCGGAACGACUGACGCUUUUUGUUUCCUGACGACUCUAUUUUGGGGACAAUUAAGGUGCGUUUGAUGUGUAAAACGUUGUAAUAAUAAACGGGUGGAGCUUCUUCGAUUCAUUUCAUUAUACAACGCAUUGACUUGGAAACGGCCAACGCCGACUAUUAUACCAAGCGCCAUUAACAGCAAGCAAACGUUGCGGUUGUUUUUGUGUUGAUGGGCUAGUGCUCGUGUGUUUCAUUAUCCGCCCCUUCGUCCAUUUACAUCGCAUAAUAUUGAUAAAGACAGGUGAAGUUAUGGUCAUAUAUAUGUUUGGUGACACACGGUUUAUUGUUUUAGAAAUAUUUGGAGACAGUAAAAGUUGUCUUUCGCUGGUUUCUGUUUGAGCGAACAAGCUAUCUUACACACAGACAACAACUGUAGUGGUCGUUCGUUUAGUUGGAGUUAAAUUGGCUGCUAAAGCGUGUUAGCAGUAUGUCAGAAUCCGGCCACAGUCAACCUGGGAUGUAUGGGCCAGGGCGGCGGAGAAGGCGACGCCGUGUCGAACGGGAAGUUGGAGCGCCAGGCCAGAAUCUGUCCGGUCCAAGUCGUGAUCGAGAAUACCAACCGAGGGAACGAAGGGACGGCAGUGAGGACACACUUGGCCUUCUCAUUCAAAAGACCCCCAUCAUUCUGGUGAAGCCCCCAGGAGAGAGGGCUAAGCCAUCACAGAGUACGCCGGGCAGUGGAGCUCCAGUUCUUGAGAAGCCAAUCAUGUUGAUGAAAGCUCGUGAUGACGGAGUGAAACCGGUGACUCCACCAGAGGCGACACCUCAGCCUUCGGGAACUGGGCCCUCCAAAGUGGAGAGGGAAGGCCAACGACCCACCCAGCCCGUUUACCAGAUCCAAAACCGAGGAAUGAAUGCUUCUGCAUCGAGCAGCGCUGUGGAUCCACUGGUUGGUCAGUCUAAACUCCUCCCACCAGAGAAGAUGAAGCACAGCAUCAAGCUAGUGGAUGAACAAAUGAACUGGUGUGACAGCGCCAUGGAGUACCUGCGGGACCAAACAGAUAUGCUUGUGGUGGGGGUCAUUGGUCUGCAGGGAAGUGGGAAAUCAACUGUCAUGUCACUGCUAUCAGCCAACACCCCAGAAGAAGACCAAAGGGGUUAUGUAUUCCGAGCCCAAACUCAAGAGAUGAAGGAACGAGGUGGAAACCAAAGCACAGGGAUUGACUUCUUCAUCACGCAGGAGAGGGUCAUCUUCUUGGACACACAGCCAAUACUGAGCCCGUCUAUUCUGGACCACUUCAUAAACAACGACCGCAAGUUGCCCCCAGAGUACAACCUCCCUUAUACUUACGUGGAGAUGCAGUCUCUUCAGAUAACUGCCUUCUUGUUUACCGUGUGCCAUGUGGUCAUUGUGGUCCAAGAUUGGUUCACUGAUUUAAACCUCUACAGAUUUCUUCAAUCGGCUGAGAUGCUAAAGCCGUCCACUCCAUCUGCAAGCCAUGACAGCACAGGCUCUUCUGGAAAUGAUGACGGUGCAGAGUACUAUCCACAUAUAGUGUUCCUCCAGAAUAAGAGCAGGCGGGAGGACUUUUGCCCAAAGAAUAUUAAGGAUAUGCACAUGGUGGUGGACAAAUUAAUGGCCCACUCUCAUCUCAAAUACAAAGGUUCAUUGUCCAUGCUCGACUGCAACAUCUUUCCCGGUCUGGGCCAGAACUAUCUGACCACUGAAGUCAACAUGUUCCUGCUUCCCAUGCAGGACAGUGACGGCGAUGAUAAUCUCACUAAAGCAGGGUCUGCCAUGACCUAUCCGCUCUUUUCCUUGCUUCCGGGGUACAGAGGACACCCCACCUUCUCAUCUAUGGUGUCCAAGCUGCGCAGCCAAAUCCUGGCCAUGCCCCGCUGUCAGCUGUCACACACCAUCCUUACUGAGAAGAAUUGGUUUCACUAUGCUGCUCGAAUCUGGGAUGGCGUGAAAAAAUCCACCGCUCUCUCCGAAUACAGCCGCCUGCUCUGCUAGCAUUGCAGUUUGUCUGCUUUUUUAUUGCAGGGAAAAAUGGCAACCCAAAAAUGGGAAACGUAGCUGUCAAAGCCCUAAGUGGGGUAUCGGGGGGACAAAGACUGUGGUAAAAGACAAAGUCACUUUUUAUAGUUUGACUAACGUGAACAAUUAGGCGGUGCUUGGUAGCCGUUCCCCCGGGAAGUACAGUGUUGUUCUCACGGGAAUCUG